UGGAAGACACACUUUUGAUUACUAUAUCAUGGAGUAACUUGCACUACAAAUUAAAUUAACAAGACAUGCAUCUUUAGGAGCUAUGCCCAUACCUUAUGUAGCCCUUUAUAUUUAUAUAGUGAAUGAGCCUUGCCCCUUCAGGCACACAGUAUUAUCAACUUUGACUUGAGGAACAGGAGAGGAGAUAAAGGCCAUGGGAAUUAAGAGCAAGGUUCUUGUUGUGGGAGGUACAGGGUAUAUUGGGAGGAGAAUUGUGAGGGCAAGUAUAGAGCAAGGGCAUGAAACUUAUGUUCUCCAACGUCCAGACAUUGGGCUUGAUGUAGAGAAGGUGCAGAUGCUGGUGUCCUUCAAGAAGCAAGGUGCUCGUCUUGUGGAGGCUUCUUUCUCCGAUCACCAGAGCCUCGUGGAUGCGGUGAAGCUCGUGGAUGUUGUGAUCUGCACCAUGUCUGGGGUUCAUUUCCGGUCUCAUAACAUUUUGAUGCAGCUCAAACUUGUUGAAGCCAUCAAGGCUGCAGGGAACGUUAAGCGUUUUCUGCCUUCAGAAUUUGGCAUGGACCCAGCACUCAUGGGACAUGCACUUGAACCUGGAAGGGUCACAUUCGAUGAAAAAAUGACUGUGAGGAAAGCAAUUGAGGAUGCCAACAUCCCUUUCACCUAUAUAUCUGCCAACUGCUUUGCUGGCUACUUCGCUUCUAACCUCGCUCAGAUGGGUACUCUCUUCCCACCUCGAGACAAAGUGCUUCUCUACGGUGAUGGCAAUGUCAAAGUUGUUUUAAUGGAUGAAGAUGAUGUUGCGACAUACACAAUCAAGACAAUUGAUGAUCCACGAACAUUGAACAAGACAGUGUACCUAAGGCCACCAGAAAACAUCCUCUCUCAAAGAGAGCUAAUUGAGAAAUGGGAGAAGCUCAUAGGAAAGCAACUAGACAAGUCCACUAUGUCUGAACAAGACUUUCUUUCUUCCCUCAAAGGUUUGGACUUUGCAAGCCAAGUGGGAGUGGGGCAUUUCUAUCAUGUUUUUUAUGAAGGGUGUUUGACAAACUUUGAAAUAGCAGAACAUGGAGUGGAAGCGUCAGAGCUUUAUCCAGAGGUGAAGUACACACGCAUGGAUGAGUACCUACAACCUUAUGUCUGAUGAGAUUAUGUAAGCAUGAAGAAUUCAACCCUCCAAGCAGAAAAUCUGAGUGAUCUUGUAAUAAAACUUUGAGGAGAAAAGAACGCUGGCCAUAUAUGUGCAAGAAGUGAUUUUCAUUGUCAGUUGAAGGUUUAUAAUCAUGUUUGCUUUCUUUGUGAACUUAUUUGAUUUUUCAUCUGAACUCCACAGAAAAUUGACCUUAUAGUGGUGACUCAAUUGCAGUAAUGUUUGUGGA